CCCAUCUCCUCUCAGUCAGGCGGGGAGAAUGACGACUUACGAGAGAAACGAUAUUCACCCUUAUGAUGCACCUGCAAAAGAUACUUCGGGGCCGAGCCGCCAACUGGGCCAUCACUGCAUGCUGUGGUUCUGCUUUCCUUUUGUUCGGGUAUGACCAAGGGGUCAUGUCUGGUCUGUUAACCGGAACAGCUUUCACCUCGCAAUUUCCAGAGAUUGACACGACGCCCGAAGGUAAUGGGUCCGCCAGUCUGCAAGGGACCGUAGUGGCCAUCUACGAGAUAGGAUGCUUGUUCGGUUCUUUGUUUACCUUUUUUUUCGGUGAACGAUUUGGAAGGAGGCGGACCAUCAUGCUCGGUUGCACCAUCUUGAGCAUCGGCGCGAUACUCCAAUUCACAUCGACCGGGAUCCCUCAGAUGAUCGUCGGACGUAUCGUUACGGGAUUGGGCAAUGGGAUGAACACAAGUACCGUACCCGUUUGGCAUUCCGAGUGCACACUCCCCAAGAACCGAGGUCGAGCGCUCGGGAUCGAGCUUGCCAUCAACAUUUUCGGUGUGAUGUCCGCUUACUGGAUCGACUACGGUAUGAGCUUUGUCAACAACCCAGCUCAGUGGAAGUUGCCUCUGGCACUUCAAGUAGUCUUUGCCAUCUUCACCGUUGCCCUCAUCCUGUUCUGCCCGGAAUCACCUCGUUGGCUAUUAAAACACGGCAAAGAAGAAGAAGCGCGUGCGGUACUGGAUCAGCUAUCGAUACUACCUCCAGAAGGUCGUAGCGAGAUCUUGGAGAGCAACUUUACCAAGAUCAAAGAGACCCUCGUUGAAGAGGAAGCUGCGACGUUGGAGAAUAAGAAGGGAGAAAAGAUUUCCAACAUCCGCGCGUGCUUUACCAAUGGUAAAGACCGUUACUUUCAUCGUGUCAUGCUCGGUGUGGGGUCUCAGUUCAUGCAGCAGCUCUGUGGUAUCAACCUCAUCACAUACUAUGCACCUGUCAUCUUUGAGCAAUCCGUCGGAUUGUCUCGGGACAUAUCCUUGCUACUCUCGGGCUUUAACGGUGUUGCCUACUUCUUGUCGUCUUUGAUUCCUAUCUGGUUGAUCGACCGGUUCGGCCGACGCAAACUCAUGAUUUUUGCGGCGGUGGGUCAAUGCUGUUGCAUGGCAGUACUCGCGGGGACGACCUCGGUCACGUACAAGGCGACUGGGAUCGUCGCGGCUACCAUGUUGUUCCUCUUCAACUUCUUCUUCGCCAUCGGACUCUUAGCUAUCCCCUGGCUUUUGCCAUCGGAAUAUGCGCCGCUACCGAUCAGAGCGCCGGCCGCUGCUCUGGCUUCUGCGUCCAACUGGAUUUUCACAUUCCUCGUCGUCGAGAUCACGCCCGUGUCGAUAAAGAACAUCGGAUACAGGACUUACAUAUACUUCUGCGUCUUCAACGCUUGCUUCGUACCGAUGAUCUAUUUCCUCUACCCGGAGACCAAACAUCUCGAACUGGAAGACGUCGACCUACUGUUCAACGGCGACAAGGUUUUGUUACAUCUCCCGCCGGCUCUUCGUCAUCGUCAUCACGGCGAGACGGUAUACGGAUCAGCAGAGAAUGGUGAAGUACAGACUGAACCGUCUUCUGAUGCUGAAAAGAUGUAUAUGCAACACAAGGAAUGAGAGGAAAGGAGCGGCAGUGAUAAAUAUUCUCCACGUACAAUUUCAAAGUCAUGACAAUCAGAAGGGUAGCGGGCUAUUGCGAUUAUCAAUGGCCGUUCUGUUGGCGCAGAGCUGUAUUCCAUAACUCAC